GGCAGCCACGAGUUCCCUCUUGCUCCUUGUUCUCUUUUCUGUUUGUUUAUCUGUUUGCAGUACGUCUAGUUUUGUUUUGCAAACAUUUCUUUUCAAUGCGUGUUCGAAAAGCAGCUCCCCCGCCCCGCGCUCCCUGCGGGCGCCUCCCACCCUCAAACCUCCGAACCGAUGGGAGGGGUGUCACCCGGAGUCGUGGGGGCCUGUGGGUGAUACCCGGGGGCGCUUGGCUCCCCCGACCCCCAGCCUGUCCUGGGCCGCGAGCGCCUCCAGUUGGGGCACUUCGGGGGGAAGAGAAGGGAACCGCCCGAACGGUCGUGAAACUUUCCCGUUGCCGUUCCUCCCCGGACCUCAGGGUCCCCGGGCUCCCCCGGAGCGGGCGUGGGCAGCGAGGUCAGAGAUGGUCAGAGGUCCGCAGCCUCAGGGAGCCGGGAGCGGGCCGAGGUCCCGGGACGCGCAGACACCUGCGGCCUCGGGCGAGGCGGGCGGUCCCCAAGCCCUGGCGCCUCCUUAAAGCCUCGGCUCCGCCCUGCGCUCCCCGUCCCUCGCCAGCAGUUCCACCCAACCGCCGGUCCCCGCCGCCCGGGCAGAGUGCUGCCGAGCCGCGAGCCUGCGAGAAGCGCGACGCCCGCCCAGUCCCCGCGCCGGGUCCCGAGUCCCCGCGUCCCGGAUACGCCGCUAUGUCCAGCGAGGAGUUGGCGCGCAAGCUGCAGCGGAGACUGCAGCGGGAGGGCGCUCCGGACGGCUGCCCGGAGCCCGCAUCCCUCGCCGCCGCGGCCCCGGAGCCGGAGCCCGAGCCGCCCGCCGGGACGCCCGCUGCCAGCGCCGACGCCGAGCUGAGCGCGCAGCUGAGCCGACGGCUGAACAUCAACGAGGGCGCGGCGCGGCCCCGCCGCUGCAAGGUCUUCAACCCCUACACCGAGUUCCCGGAGUUCAGCCGCCGCCUCAUCAAGGACCUGGAGAGCAAGUUCAAACAGUAUGAUGCCGGACGGGACGGCUUCAUCGACCUGAUGGAGCUGAAGCUGAUGAUGGAGAAACUGGGGGCCCCCCAGACCCACCUGGGCCUGAAAAGCAUGAUCAAGGAGGUGGACGAGGACUUUGACGGCAAGCUCAGCUUCCGUGAGUUCUUGCUCAUCUUCCACAAGGCCGCCGCAGGGGAGCUGCAGGAGGAAAGUGGGCUGAUGGCCCUGGCAAAGCUGUCUGAGAUCGAUGUUGCCCUGGAGGGCGUCAAAGGUGCCAAGAACUUCUUUGAAGCCAAGGUCCAAGCCUUGGCCUCUGCCAGUAAGUUUGAAGCUGAGCUGAAAGCUGAGCAAGAUGAGCGGAAGCGGGAGGAGGAGAAGAGGAGGAUCCGCCAGGCAGCCUUCCGGGAGCUCAAGGCCACUUUUAGCACAUAGUCGGGUGACCUUGACCUCUGUCUACAGCUGUGCCUCACAGAUGCCCCUGGGAGAGCUGGCCAGGCAUCCUCGCCCCCAACUGAUUCCUCGCCCCAACCAGCCUCCUCACCCAGUCAAGCAAACUCCUUCGCCUCAGGGCAGCAGGGAGCGCUCUCACCCCCAGGUGAGAGAGACCAGCUGUUCCUUGCCUUUCUUUUCCUCCCACGUUGCUCUGCCCUUUUCUGUAUCCAGCACGUGCCUCUGUUUGGCCACCUGUGGCUUUUCCUUGUUCCUCUUACUCUUCCACAUCAAAGAGUGGAAACAAAUUGUACAGACACUUCUUCCCUUGGUGGUCCUCAGAGGAGAGGAUCCUUGGGGGCUGUGAUGUUAAUGUUGCCCAUUUUCUUGGGUAAUUCUCUGCCCCGCCCUCCCCCCCUUUGUUUCCCAUCAGCUACCUUGUUCUCAUUCUUAGCCUGAGCCUGCCAGUUGCCUUUGCAUCCUCGUCUUUUGAUGGUGGUGAAGUUUGAGGCAGGUCAAGCUGGACCAUUGUCCCCUCUCCAACAGGGGGCGUUGGCAUGCUGCCAAGAUGACACAAAGUGGUGAAAAGAUAAGUUCUGUUCCUUCCCAUCACUUUUCUCCUGUCCCCUAGCAUUUCCCCCAGACCCACCUUCAUUCAUGUCUCCCUAUUUCAGCCUUUUUCCUACCCUUAAAUACUGUGCUACAUACUUAUACUAAUAAAAGAAUAAUUAGAAGUACUAUGAAUGAGUAGAAGAAUUCCUGCUAACUCUGACUCUAUGCAAAUUAUAUUACAGUAGACCCCUGACAUUCACAAGUGACAAAUCUAGAGUCUUUUAAAAUCCCAAAGGUCAUGUCCACCCUCAUCAUGUAGAAAGUUUCCAACAGCUGCUCCAAGGCAGCGAAGCUGUUCUAAACCUCCCGCACACAUUUUUCUAUCUUGAGAGUUCUUGGGAUUGUGUACAAAUGCCAGGGGUUUGCUGUAUUUUUAAAAAAUAAUUCCUAAUGUCAUAUUUAUUCCCUUUUGUAACUGCUGUCUUUACAAUAAAGAGAACAUCUGCA